AAUGAGGUUUUGGGGAUAAGAUAUAAACUUAGAAAGGUGCUAUUUUGGUCAUUUUAGUUUUUGAAUGCUAUUUUUGUGAUAUAAACUUAGAAAUGUGCUAUUUUGGACAUUUGCCCUAAAUAUCAAUGAUUAAUUUAUAGAGUUUCUAUUGUAGUUUAUCACUUGGUACAUUUCUUUGUGUAUAAGAGUAUCAUUUAAAUUCAUAGUUUAAUAGGGAAAUAUAUCAAGUAUAUACUACAUUCAUAAAUUGGGAUCACCAAAGAUUGGUGUAUAUCCAUUGACAAAACUAAAAAUUGGUAUAUAUCACAGUCGCUUAAAUAAAGGGGCUGUAGAGAAAAAGGUCACAUAUACGUGAGUUUCGUAAUCCUAAUAACACGUUAACCAAAAGCAUGCCUCUCUGCAAUGACUCCUCCCGCAACCUUGCCGUGGCCGUUGCUCUCCUUUUUGCCGGUGUCCUAUAUUUCAGCUUCUCCACACGUUCGAUUUCCGAUCCUAUCUCCGAUCUCUUACACAAUACCAACACUCCUCAGCAAGUGGACGAGCUUGAGGCAGUAUUGGAGAGUGCGGCCGCAGGAAACAACAAUACGGUGAUAAUAGCGCUUGUGAACAGAGCGUACGUGGAGGAGGUUGGAGAAGGGAGGACGAUGCUAGAUCUGUUCCUGGAGAGUUUCUGGGAAGGAGAAGGGACUUUGCCGCUUCUAGACUAUUUGGUGCUGGUGGCAACAGAUCAUACGGCCUAUGAUCGCUGCCGCUUCAAGAGGCUCCAUUGCUAUAAGAUGGAAAUUAAAGGUGUUGACUUGGAGGGGGAGAAAGUGUACAUGUCAGCUGAUUUCAUUGAGAUGAUGUGGCGGAGGACUCACUUUCUCCUCGAUGUCCUCGGCCGCGGCUACCAUAUUCUUUUCACGGACACGGACGUGUUGUGGCUAAGGACCCCCUUCUCCCGGCUAAGCAACAACGGGAGCUUGGAUAUGCAGAUAAGCGUUGACCAAAACAACGUGGAAGCUGGACACGCCAUCAACACUGGAUUCUUCCACGUCCGGUCCAACAACAAGACUUUCUCCCUCUUCAAUAAAUGGUACGAUAUGAGGCUCAAUUCGCCGGGCAUGAAGGAACAAGACGUCCUCCAGAAGCUCCUCGACACGGGUUUCUUCAAUCAGCUCGGUCUCAACGUUAACUUCCUCAACACCACUGAAUUCAGCGGCUUCUGCCAAGACAGCACUGACAUGGGCGUCGUCACCACUGUACAUGCCAACUGCUGCCGCCACAUUCCCGCAAAGGUCUUUGAUCUCACUCUUGUUCUCAGCGACUGGAAAAGUUACAAGACCUCCCAUGUCAACAACAAGUGGAGCCCUCAUCAUAAAUGUGGGGGUUCAUGGAAAGACAACGACUAUGUCCCCAAGCCAUGAUCCUCUUGUAAUGCUAAUGAGAUUGCCAUAUAUCUUACAUACUAACAUAAUUAAUUUAGAGUUUUAUUAUACUCAUAAGCCUCUCAAGAUCGCAAGUUCAUGGAUAUUGGUGAUACAGUGUAUACCCUUAUUCACAUUUUUUUAUAUACCAGUGUUAUUUUCA